AUGGAAUAUCCUCCUACUGCUCCCGCUCGUCCGUUAGCCUAUGAAAGCCUCAAAAGUGUUCUUCGGCACAUGCCAAUUGGUACACGAAACGAGCUACGUGAUCGUUGCCCUGGAAUCCGUACCGUUGAGUCUGUGGCUCCUCUGAGAAUCGAAAAUCUAGAAUUUCAUAACGGAGAAAUAGUUAUCGAGCACCAGAAGUAUAAAUUUGUGAAAUCAACUUGUCCGAUAAAUGAGGACCCUCACAUUUCGAAAAACCGAAAGGAUUUUGUAUACGAUGAUGUGAGCAAAGACGGAAACAUGGAACGUUGGGAGGAUUUUAUGACUUCUGGAGACUUGCUGAUAAAUGAUGAUUUUCGGUCCACUCCUCCCCGAAGAGUACCACAGGACCCCACCGUCACCUCUUCUUACAUAAAAUAUAUUUUUGAAGAUCUCAAAACGGGAUACACCUUCACAAAAUAUCUGAAAGAUACCAGAGUUCGGACAUGUUUGAAGAAAAUUGCUGUAAAAAUGUUGGGAGGAACAGGUUCCCCAAUUCUGGUGAAUAAUCUUGUGUGCACAAUAUUUGGUGGUGUAAUCUUUCUUCCGGAAAACUUGAAACUGCAAGUUGUGAAGCUGGACACCAUUCAAAUUGCAGCUUUAGACGCAUUCGCUCGAAUUAUGGACCCAGAUUUCCCAUUGGAAUCGCUCAAGUUCGGAAUGUUAGCCUAUUCUCCACAGCUCCAGCACUAUCUGACCAAGAAAACAAAAAUUUUAAUAUUCGGCCCGUCUAGUCCGGGUACAAACGCGUUGCAAACCAUACUGCCAUUGGAAAGCUUUGGAUCAGAUACUCGUUCACCUUGCAACGUUCUGGAUGCUUCGGAAAGUAUAGCCCACUCAUCACCAAACUAUAGCGGGUCAUCUCGUGCAAAUGAGCAAGCAACUAGCUCUGGUCAGCUACCACCAUAA